AUGACAUUGGCUGAGGCAUUCUUGGAGAUUUUCGAAAGGCCCACAAUGGGGGCAAUUAUAAUAGGGAUGAUGCAGAUUUUGGGUCCUGUUUGGAUUGCUUUUUUUCUGGGUAUAAUGGUAGGCUGGGCGUGGAAACCAGGAUGGGCUAGUUUGGGAAAACGUAAAUUUGAUUUUUCAGCACCUUCAUCUCCCUCUUCCUUGAUUCCUUCCCCUGUCCAGCGCUUUGGUUCAACCCAAAUUUUAGAUUCUUUGGUAUUGGAUAAUAGAUUAGAGAACGAACAUGCCGAAUUGCCCGGGGUGGACAACGUUGUUUCAAGUUCUUCAGAGACAAGAAAAGAAGAGAAUUUGGUUGUUAUGAAUGAUGAUCUGGUUCAUUUAUGUCAUCUUGUUGAGAGGAAAGAUGGAGGUCCCCCUUGGAAGCAUAUGAUGGAUCGUUCAACCCACAAUAUGAGUUACCAAGCAUGGCAGAGAGAUCCUGAGAAUGGUCCCCCGCAGUAUUGUAGCAGAACUGUAUAUGAGGAUGCAACACCUGAACUAUUGAGGGACUUCUUUUGGGAUGAUGAGUUUCGAAUGAAGUGGGACGAUAUGCUUAUCCAUGCGGCAAUUAUAGAAGAAUGCCCUGCCACUGGAACAAUGAUGGUUCAUUGGAUAAGGAAGUUUCCCUUUUUCUGCAGCAACAGAGAAUACAUUAUAGGCCGUCGAAUAUGGGAGUCUGGAAGAUCUUAUUAUUGUGUGACAAAGGGUGUUCCCUGUCCUUCGGUUCCAAGGAAAGACAAACCAAGACGUGUUGAUCUGUACUACUCGAGUUGGUUCAUUCAAGCAGUGGAAUCAAGGAAAAGAGGCGGCGAACUGUCUGCAUGUGAGGUAAUACUCUUCCAUCAUGAAGAUAUGGGCAUCCCAUGGGAAAUUGCAAGAUUUGGGGUACGACAGGGCAUGUGGGGAGCUGUUAGGAAUAUUGAUCGUGGUUUUCGGGCUUACCAGAAGGCAAGGGCAUCUGGAGCGCCCAUAUCUCAUCCUGCAUUUAUGGCUCAAAUCAACACAAAAAUUGAUCCCAACUACCUGAAGAUUUUGGAAGGUGAAGAAGAAUCAUCGGAGACACAAAUACUGGAUUCACCUAGGAAGCCCAAGGGUGGUGUAAACAUACCGAAGCUUCUGAUAAUUGGGGGUGCAGUUGUACUUGGCUGUAGUCUCGACCGAGGACUCUUGACCAAGCCCCUUAUAUUUGGUUUGGCAAGAACGUUCGGGAACAUAGGAAAAAGAGCAUGUCCAAGGACUAACUGA